CCAGGCCGCCGGCAGAGAGAGAGCAUCGAAUCACCCAGAGUCUCUGCUGCUGCGCUCCCUCUCCUCCUCCUCCUCCUCCUCCUCCUCCUCCUCAAUAGUCAAACAAACCCGUUAAUGGAGACCUCCCUGCGCCUGCGCGGCGGCGGCGGCCUCCGCAUCCACGCCAAGGAGAAGCUUCCCCUCGGCUACAACUCCCUAAUACAGGCUCAUGGGGAGAUGGACGCAAGCACCGCCGGAGCUGCUGCCCCAAGCUACCUUGCUCUCUUUGUCAGGCAAUUCUACCCCCAGCUCUCGGCCAACCUCGGAGUUGGCGUCCACUUGCACAAAGGCAAUGACCUCACCUACAAUCUUCGCGCCAAGAAGGCCCUCCCCUUCACAUCCAAUGGCUUGCUAGGACUAAACCUCAAGGCCCGCCUGCUUACAGACGCAGAGUUCAAGCCGAAGAAUAGAACUGGGGCCGUCGAAUUGGCCUGGACCAUACUUGACUUGAGGAGAGGCCAAGAUGUCAGGCUCAAACUUGGCUAUGAAUUCUAUGACAAGGUGCCUUAUCUCCAGCUUAGAGAAAACAAUUGGACACUGAAUGCUUAUAUGGAUGGGAAAUGGGAUGUUAGAUUUGAUAUGUGAUCCGAAGCCACUCCUCAAUGGUGAUUGUUUAGGGAGGCUCCAAGUGAGUGGUAUCGUUUCUACUUGUUUGUACUGCACCAGAAAGUGCAUUCAUGCAUUAUUUACGAGAACCAGAAACUAAUCAAUCAUCUGCUUUCAUCUACUACAAGCUAUCAGCUUUGGUGCUCUUGUCAAGGGUUGUGUAGUAGUUAGUAUACUGUAGCCAUCAUGCCAAAGGGCUCUCAUCUGCCCGUGACAGUGACUGAGUCAUCAGAUUGUCUUUUGUCUAUAAAAGCAGCUGCACCUCCUCACCCCCAGGCGGGCAGGCAGCACAAGGCAGGCGAGUUUGUUGGGUUGAGCAUGCGCGCUCCGGUGAUGGUGAGCCGCCUCCACUCAGCCGGCAAUGGCCCAUCUCCAUCUCCAUCUCCUCCCCUGCUUUGUGAUGGUCAUGCAGAUGCAGCAGGGGACUCGGACACAGUGGUGAUCCUGGCGUCCCUCCUCUGCGCCCUCAUCUGCGUGGCCGGGCUUGCCCUCGUCGCGCGGUGCACCUGCCGCAGACGCAACAGUGGUGGCGGCGGUGGCAGCAACAUCAACCCAACCGCCACGGAGGUACAGGCACCGAAGGGGCUGAAGAAGGCGGCGAUCGAGACGCUGCCCACGGUGUCGUUGCAAGCAGCAGCUGCCUCAAGAUCAGGAGGAGUUGGAGAGGAGAGGGAGUGCGCCAUCUGUCUGGUGGUGUUGGCUGAGGGAGAUGAGCUCCGGCUGCAGCCGCUUUGCGGCCACGGCUUCCAUGCUGCCUGCAUCGAUACCUGGCUGGGCGCCCACGCCAGCUGCCCCUCCUGCCGCGCCGCCGUCCUCACCUGCCGGAGGUGCGGGGCGGCCGCGGCCGCUGGGGACGCAACAACCUAGCGCCGUCGUCAUCUAUGUAUCUGUUCAUCAAGUACUAAUCUCAUCGUCUACUACAGACUACAGCAGCAGCAGUAUACAAUCAAUGAGAUGCAUCAUGGUACCAUGAAA